AUGGGCUCGGCGCUGUCCCGUACGGCGGCUCCGGUCCCGCCGUCUGUCCUCUCCUUCGAGUGCGCCGUGUGCCUGGAGGUGCUGCACCGGCCUGUCCGCACACCCUGCGGACACCUAUUCUGCCGUUCCUGUAUUUCUGCAAGUUUAAAGAAUAAUGUGUGGACAUGCCCUUACUGCCGUGCUUACCUGCCUUCUGAAGGGAUUCCAGCCACUGAUAUUGCCAAGAAGAUGGAGAGCACGUUCCAAAAUUGCACAGAAUGUGAAACACAGGUUUGUUUGAGUGAAAUGAGAGCUCAUUUAAGAACUUGUGAGAAAUAUAUAGAAAACUAUGGACCUAUACAGGAGCCUGAAGAUGCUGUAACAAGAUAUUCCUGUCCUUACUGCCAGUGCCAAGUAGCUGAGGAUGAGCUAAUGGAUCACUGUCUAACUUACCACAGACUGGAAAGGAGAGCAGUGUGUUGUCCAAUUUGUUGCUUAACACCUGGGAGAGAUCCAAGCUACUUCAGCAGCAAUUUUAUAAGGCAUCUUCAAGUCAGACAUAUGCUCCAUUAUGAAGACUACAUAGACAUAAACACUGUUGGAGAAAUUCUAAUUGAAAGUGCUCUAGAUGGGUCAUUCUUAGACUAUGUCCAUGUGAAUCAUCCAAACAGCUCAUAAGAACUGCUGCAGAAGAGUGGAGGAACUUGUGCUGUGGAUAAACAUGGCCAUUAAAAGGUUGGCUUUUGCAGUUAAUAAUGGAGUGUUAAUAACCUGUA